AUGGCAGGGAUCCUAGCCUGGUUCUGGAACGAGCGGUUCUGGCUGCCGCACAAUGUCACCUGGGCCGAUCUGAAGAACACGGAGGAAGCCUCCUUCCCCCAGGCUGAGGAUCUGUACCUCGCCUUCCCCCUGGCCUUCUGCAUCUUCAUGAUCCGGCUGGUCUUUGAAAGGUUUAUAGCUAAACCCUGUGCCUUAGGUCUUAAAGUCCAGGCCAAUGGACCACAGAAAGCCCAACCUAAUGCUAUUCUGGAAAAAGUUUUCACUGCAAUUACAAAGCAUCCAGAUGAGAAGAGACUGGAAGGCCUGUCCAAGCAGCUGGACUGGGAUGUACGCAGUAUUCAGCGUUGGUUUCGACAAAGACGCAACCAGGAAAAGCCCAGCACUCUUACAAAGUUCUGUGAGAGCAUGUGGAGAUUUACAUUUUACCUUUAUAUAUUUACCUAUGGAGUCCGGUUCCUGAAAAAGACUCCCUGGCUCUGGAACACAAGGCAGUGCUGGAAUGGAUACCCAUAUCAGCCGCUGAUGCCUGACCUUCAUUACUACUACAUAGUCGAGUUGUCAUUCUAUUGGUCCUUAAUGUUUUCUCAGUUCACUGACAUCAAAAGAAAGGAUUUCAGCAUCAUGUUUACGCAUCACAUUGUAACAGUCAUUUUGAUAUCCUUUUCAUAUGUAACCAAUUUGACACGAGUGGGAGCCCUGACCUUGUGUCUUCAUGAUUCAGCUGACAUUUUGCUGGAGGCUGCCAAAAUGGCAAACUAUUGCAAGUGUCAAAAACUGAGUGACCUCCUGUUCCUUAUGUUUGCCAUUGUCUUCAUCAUCAGUAGGCUUGGCAUAUAUCCUUUGUGGAUAUUAAACACAAUGCUGUUUGAAUUGUAUGAAGCUCUGGGCAAUUUUCCUGCCCUGUGGUUCUUUAACAUAUUGCUCAUAGUACUUCAAGUCCUGCACUGUUUUUGGUCUUAUCUAAUCAUAAAAGCAGCUUAUAAAGCUAUCUCCAGAGGCAAGGCUGGAAAGUGGAACCCUUUGCAUGUAGCAAAGGAUGACCGAAGUGAUGUUGAAUCCAGUUCGGAUGAGGAUGAUUCAGUACCUCGUUCAAAUAAUCCACACAACACUACCACCACAAAUGGGACCAGUGGUGCCAACGGGACAAAUGGAUAUCUUACUGGUAGCACUUGUUCAGAGGACCAUUAA